UCUGUCACACUUCGGCUGGCAGAAGCUCACUUCAGAUCACAGGGAGUGAGAACAACAGAGAAGCAAAGAUGAGUCAUGACCAACAUGAAUCAGUCUGUGAGAAGUUCUCAAGGGAACUCAGACAUUUCAAAUGGAGGGAAAUUUUCACAUGGAAGCUCCUGAAAACGCUGGCCAUGGGUCAGGGUCUCUCAGCACUGAUAUGUGGGACUGCAGUGACAUCUCAGUACCUGGCCACAGAAUUUCACCUGGAUGUACCGAUGUUUCAGGGCUGGAUCAAUUACAUACUUCUAUGCCUCACCUAUACUAUUGCACUGUGUUUUAGAAAAGGUGAUGAAAAUAUUAUGCAGAUCUUAAGGACAAAAUGGUGGAAAUAUUUAUUGUUGGGGCUGGCAGAUGUUGAGGCAAAUUAUGCAGUGGUGAAGGCUUACCAGUAUACCACAUUAACCAGCAUACAGCUUUUGGACUGCUUUAUUCUCCCAGUGCUUUUGAUCCUGUCCCGAGUCUUCCUGAAGACACGCUACAGAAUCGUUCACUAUGUAGCUGUAUGUGUGUGUCUGGCUGGUGUUGGUGCCAUGGUGGGGGCAGAUAUAGUCGCAGGCCGAGACCAAGGAUCAAUACAUCGUCAUACACCAUCAUACAUCAUCCUGACUUUAACAGGCAGUAACAUUCUGCUGGGAGAUGGCCUGGUUAUCAUCAGUGCCACUCUGUAUGCAGUCUCCAACCUGUGUCAGGAGUACAUUGUGAAGAACAAGAGCCGGCUGGAGUUUCUAGGGAUGGUUGGCCUCUUCGGAACACUGAUCAGCGGAAUACAGCUAGGUAUUUUAGAACAUACGGAUGUGGCAAACAUUCAGUGGACAUGGCAAAUUGCUCUGCUCCUGUGUGGCUUUGCUAUAUGUAUGUUUACACUGUACAGCUGCAUGCCUGUGGUGAUCAACAUGACCAGUGCCACAGCAGUUAACCUCUCUCUGCUCACGGCUGAUCUCUUCAGCCUCUUCUGUGGCCUUUUCCUAUUUCAGUACAUUUUCUCAGGGCUCUACGUUGUGUCUUUAGUGGUGAUCAUGGUGGGUUUCAUAAUGUUCAAUGCCGUGCCUACACCAAACCAAGCUCCUGAAGCGGUGACUGAGGAGGGAGGACAUGACAACGAAGUCGAGAAUCAAGUGGAAGGAGAAAAUGUUUCCAGUGGAAAGAGUAUUCCAGCUGAAAAUGAACAUGGAUUUGUUUUAAGCAGUGUUAAAAUGUAGCUCGGAAACUUGGUCAACAUUCUUCAUGGAUUUAGUUUUGACUGAUGAUGACACUUAUGUCGAUGCUAACUUACUUUUCACAAUGUAUCAUUUAAAGACCUAUACUUGAAUGGGUAGGAGUCUGCUGUUGUUUUUUGUCAACUGUCACUCUAUUGGUCGUAUUUUGAAGCAGAGGAACUAUAAAUACACUAGGAAGAGGGCUUUAUAGUCACUCGCUAUAUAAUAUACAGUGUGUGUGUGUGCACUUAUAUAAAAAAAAUUACACACACAUACAUAGUGUCCUCCACUAGUAUUGGCACCGCUGGUAAAUAUGAGCAAAGACGGCUGUGAAAAAUUGCCUUUAUUUAAAAAAUUAAUUGUCUUUAUUUAGAAAAUAUAUAUUUGUUAAAUAUUGGUGUGCAACAAUUAUUGGCACCCCUUUAGUCAAUACUUUGUGCUACCUCCCUUUGCCAAGAUAACAUCUCUGAGUUUUCUCCUAUAAUGCCUGAUGAGGUUGGAGAAUACAUGGCAAGGGAUCCGAGACCAUUCCCCCAUAUAGAAUCUCUCUAGAUCCUUCAACUUUCAAAGUCUACACUGGUGGACUCUCCUCUUCAGUUCAAAAUUCAAAAAGUUCUGUGAAUAGCAGAAAAUUGAAAAACACUGCAUUUAAGAAAUUAUAUUAACCCUUCAGAAGAUGCAGAACACUGUCUGGUUUUCACUCAAUCAUGUGCUCAUCCUCUUAGAGGACCAUUGUUUCAGUUUUAUGAUGAUUCGAAACACAAACAAACUGAUUAAUACACUGGAAUUAAUAUAAUGUAAUAUAAAGAGAGAAGUGGCACAGUGUUGCUGUCUCAGAGUUCCACAGUUCCCGGUUCAAUCCUGUGCGUGUUGAGUUUCCAUGCAUGUCGUUCCCACCUCCUGAAACCUUCACUGUAUUUUUACUGGAUUUUUAAUAAAAUCCAAACUGCCUCUAGGUGUUAAUGUGUGUGCAUGGCAUCCAGCUAUGAACCGCUUACCGAAGAUCAAUGGAUAUAUAAUGACUUGUCUAAUAUACAUUAAAGCAAGGACAAAAUGACUCAAACACCAAUGCAAAUGUAACAAGAUUUCAUUUAUUCAACAUUUGUUCUACUUUUGCUCUUCCUCUUCAUUUCGAACUUGAAUAUGAUGGACAAUUAGUUCUGUGCAGCCCCAAAUGUACAGGCUACACACACACACACACACACACACACACACACACACACACACACACACACACUAAACUUUCUCCAUAGGGAAAAACACACUUUUUGUAUAUAUAAUAUUAAUGUGGACAGAGGUCAGAAAGGUUGCCCCAUAGUAUACAGUACUGUAUAUGGUCCCCUAAAACAGUUUUCCCCGACACAUCAUUCAUGUACACACCAAAUUAAACAUGUUAAACCAGAAAAUGUUUUAACUGGUGAACAUGUGCAACAUAGCCUGUGUAAACACAAACUUCAAAUCAGAAUUCAGUAAAGAUGAAGUUUAAACUCUCAUUCAUGAAGCAUACAAAUGAAUGAAGGGACUCUGCUAGGUUAAGUGAGUGCUUGGUAAUAUCGAUAUUGUAAACUUGGGCUGUUCUUUUGUGGGUCACAUGAGCAAUAUCACAGUGUUUGAGGUUUGUGAGUCAAAUCUCAGAGGACACCCAGGCUAGGUUGGAUUUUCAGGUCUGUGGAGUAUUCAGUGUGGUUCAGUAAGGACAAAAGCGUCUGGAUUGACGUAUUAUAAAUGUCCACCACCUUUGAGUAGUUCAGUGAUGGGCUUCUACACACCUGUCUUUCUGGAUUUACACUCCUACAGGAUCACCUUCUUGUUGCAACCUGAAGUUUUCACAGAAGCUUUGGAUGAUGUACUGUAUCUCUUAUUUGCAUUUCCACCAUGUACUAUUAAAUCACAAACACACUAUCAAACACAUACAGUCAAAUUAAUCAGCAUUAAUCAGAUGGAAGUUGACAAAGUAGAAUAUGCCAUACACACCCACCACAAGCACACACACACACACACACACCCUACCUAGUAACAAUGACUAUGCACUCCUACCAAACAUAAAGCUCAUUUAUCAGCUACACCAUGAUGAAGGCAUUGAAUGUGUUCCAUCUGAACACAGAAAAAGUACAUUCACAAUAAAAGUUCAGGAUCUCAUACUUAAUUCUUUCACUAUAUUGUAACCCCUCCAUGG